AUAUAGAACAAUAUUCAGAAUCUUAUGAUCAGUGCGAGUCGAUCGUUCGAGCGCGAAAGAUCAACAUUUUUAUUUUUGUGAAGUAUCUAUCAGUCCGUGUUAAAAUAAUUUCUACUUUGAAUUAAAAACAAAACAAAGAGCAGGCAAACAACAAAGACGUUAACAGUGGCCGUAACCUUGAUUAAUCGUAGCGAAUCGUACAAACAAAGUAUAUAUAAAUUACGUGAGACUGACAACAUCGAUCAAAAUGCUGUUUAAAUUAAUCACUCUUUGUGCAGUUGUUCAACUGGUUGUGUCACAGGAUGCACCAAUCACAUAUAAAGAUGGUAAAAUCGGAGUGAAUUUCGGUGGAUAUCAUGCCGAAGCAGGUUUGGGUGGACUUUUAACCGGAAAUGCAGCACAUGGCGGUCUUACUGCCAGUGCCGGUACACCAUUUGGUCAAUCUGCUCACGCCGGAUUGGGAGGAAACACUGGCCCAAAUGCUCGUGGUGGCCUCUUCGCCGGAGCAACGGCGGGUAGCGGUGUGGGUGCUAGUGCAUCGCUUGCCGGUGAUGUGAAUAACGGCGGCUCGUUUGGUGUUGGCCAAGCUGAAGCCUAUGUACCGGGUGCUCGAAAAGAAGUCAUUAAAACUACUGAACAGCCUGAACGAACUACCCAAUAUAGUCUAAUUCAAACCACUCUUUCAACUUCCUCUGCACCACCUGCAACGACAACGGUUUCAUCAGGCAAUCCAGCAGGUGUAUAUCUCCCUGCUGAACAAGCCGGAAGCGGAACUAAUGUGGAUUCAAGUUCAAGUGCAGUGUCCAGCUCAAGCGCUUCAAUCGAUGCAGAUGAUAAUGAUUUAACCGAUAACAAAAUGCCACAAACACAAACCGUCCAACAGCAAACUGUCACACAAGUCGUUCAACCAGCCAAUGUUGUCAAUGUGCAGAAGAUCAAAGUGCGACCACGUCCCGCCCAAACCUACACAGUGGUGCAAAAACAAGUCCAAGUUCCCACAUACACGACAGUCAUCAAACAAUACCCAAUCCCAGUCUAUCAGCCAGCUGUUUUCCAUAAACGAAUUCAAAUUACUGCACCAUAUCAGGUUGUGCAACAACGUGUAGAAGAAGUGCAAACAACGGCCGGACCAACGACCACAACAACAUCAACCACACCACGACCACCAUACGUCUACACAUACGACAAGCAAAAGGUUAUCAAUGAAAUCUUCAGUAUUCCAUUCCAUGCACUUCGUGCCGUAAACGAAAUCAUCAAUGCUAAACUGGCGGGUGGUUAUUCCGUACAAAAAACGAUCACCUACAAUUAAAACUAAGCAAUUUACAUGCCGAAUGCAACUCAAGAUAUUAUGCGGUUUCUCGUUUUAUUCGAAUUAGCUUUCUACGUUAAAUUAAACGCUUUUGACUCAUCUGACUCGAUUAGGUUUUAAAAAGAGAUAGAAGAAAAUACUUGAAUGUACUUUCAAUUCUGGAUUAUUUGAAAUUUUAAUUUAAAAAUAAAUAUAACUUCGGAAAACAAA